UUAUUUAUUAGGUCAAAUACAAUUUUAUUUGAAAAAACCCAAUUUUCUUUGAUUCUGCUUCCCCUUCCCUCUUCUCCUCAAAAAAAGACUGAAAAAAAACCCAUUCAGACGUUUCGUAGAACACCUUAACUGCUACACAAAACCCUCCAAUUUUCCGUUUACAAAAGCCCUAAUGGGCAAGACCAAACGGAAACGAGGCCGUAAACCCAAAAAUCCCUCUAUUCAAGCCCAAGAUUUGGCAUCCAACACCACCCCUUUAACCAUCACAACCACCACAGCGACAGCGAUGACGACGACGACGACUGCCAGCACCUCAAUGGACGACGUUUUCUCCGUUAGCAACGUCGAAAUCAUCGACCCAGUUGGCUCUCACAGUGGAAGCCGACGGCGUGGUCGACCCAGGAAGCUCCCUAAGCUCUCUGAAAAACCCGAUAAGCCGCUGGUCCUCUCUCCUGCGAGACGGGCCCCUCGGGCGGUCGAGAAUGGCGACUUUCCCGUCCCUGGCGAUCUCAUGGUGGUUCCCAACGUGGCUUCUCAGCCUGGUGCGGUUUGGGAGGGCGUGGCCAGGGUGGUUCCUGCCAUGGACUCUGUGGUGAAGGUGUUUUGCGUUCACACGGAGCCGAAUUUCUCUCUUCCAUGGCAGAGGAAGAGGCAGUACAGCUCUAGCAGUAGUGGGUUUGUUAUUAGUGGUAGGAGGGUGCUUACGAAUGCUCAUUCAGUGGAGCAUUAUACCCAAGUCAAGCUCAAGAAGCGUGGCUCUGAUACGAAAUACUUGGCCACUGUCCUAGCUAUUGGCACGGAGUGUGAUAUUGCGAUGCUUACAGUUGAUGACGAUGAGUUUUGGGAAGGGGUAUCCCCUGUAGAAUUUGGGAAUUUGCCCACACUUCAAGAUGCAGUAACCGUUGUGGGUUACCCAAUCGGAGGUGACACAAUUUCCGUGACGAGUGGUGUUGUAUCACGAAUAGAGAUCCUAUCCUAUGUUCACGGGUCCACCGAACUUCUAGGUUUGCAGAUAGAUGCUGCUAUAAACUCUGGCAAUUCGGGUGGACCUGCUUUUAAUGAUAAAGGAAAUUGUGUGGGUAUUGCAUUCCAAUCCCUCAAACAUGAAGAUGUAGAGAAUAUUGGUUAUGUAAUACCAACACCGGUUAUCAUGCACUUCAUUCAAGAUUACGAGAAGAAUGGAGCAUAUACAGGUUUUCCAAUUCUUAGCAUUGAGUGGCAAAAGAUGGAGAAUCCUGACUUGCGUUCAGCAAUGGGCAUGAAACUCGAUCAAAAGGGUGUUCGUAUCAGAAGGAUUGAUCCUACUGCUCCAGAAUCUCAGGUUCUGAAGCCUUCUGAUAUAAUUCUCAGCUUUGAUGGAGUUGAUAUCGCCAAUGAUGGAACAGUUCCAUUUAGGCAUGGAGAACGCAUAGGUUUUAGUUACCUCAUAUCCCAAAAAUAUACUGGAGAUAAUGCCGCCUUAAAGGUGUUACGCAAUUCUGAGAUUCUCAAUUUUAAUAUCAAACUUGCAAGCCACAAAAGGCUCAUUCCAGCACACAAUAGGGGCAGACCUCCAUCAUAUUAUAUUAUUGCUGGAUUUGUUUUUACAGCAGUAUCUGUUCCCUAUCUUCGUUCCGAGUAUGGAAAGGAUUAUGAAUAUGAAGCUCCAGUCAAGCUGUUAGACAAACUGUUGCAUUCAUUGCCACAAUCGCCUGAGGAGCAGCUUGUUGUGGUUUCUCAGGUGCUUGUGGCUGAUAUCAACAUUGGGUAUGAAGACAUUGUUAACACCCAGGUUCUCGCAUUCAAUGGUAAGCCUGUGAAGAAUCUGAAGAGCUUGGCAGCCAUGGUGGAGAGCUGUGAUGAUGAGUUUUUGAAAUUUGAUUUAGAAUACCAACAGAUAGUGGUUCUCCAAACGAAGAUGGCUAGAGCAGCUACACUAGAUAUUCUUGCAACACAUUGUAUACCAUCAGCAAUGUCUGACGAUCUCAAGAGCUGACUCUGAAGCUGGUUUAGGAUAUCUAUCUUUGUCUUUCUGUGCAACAUCAGGAAUAGAAGCAGUCAGAUUCUUAAGGGUGAACAUGCUAACUGUAUAUGUAUAAAUUUGUGUUUUUCCUGGCAAUGUGUUGGAAGUUGGUGAUUCUCUAUGUCAUAGAAUUGAUGAUGUAUGGGUCCUUCAAGGAGUGGCGGAAAAUAUAUGGAAGUUGUAAUCUUAAAAGAGGCGAUCCUCAAUUUUGUUGUCCUAGUUGACGGAAAUCUGUAGGACAUAUUGGUUUUUUAACUAAUGCAAUGCAUUUUUCGGCA